AUGGCAACCCCAGAAACAACAGAGAUGGCAGUUCUGGAACUCAGCCAGAUAUCUGGCAUCUGGACCUUCAGCCGUGGGAUGGUGCCACCUACAUUCAUGAGUGGGGGAAGGAUAGAAGCACCCAGCAGGGACAAGGACUCCACAAGAAGACCAGCAGAGCCAACAAACCUAGGCCCAUGGUUGCUCACAGAGACUGAAACACCAACCAAGGAGCAGGUGGCUCUGCAGCGCCUUCUGGUCUGUGUCAUCUUAUUCUACACUGUUUACUACCUGUCGCUGAGUACCUGCUGCCUGGCACCCAGGGCAUGUGAGCUGGAUAUUCUGGCACCAUUUGAUUUCAAAACACGACCUUCUUGGCUUAACACAAACUAUAAAGUUCUUUUAGUCUCAACAGAAGUCACCUACUUUGUGUGUGGGUUGCUUUUUGCUCUGAUUGUAGAAGAAUGGGUUUGGGAUUAUGCCAUUUCUGUGACUAUCCUUCACGUAAUCAUCACAACAGCUGUGAUGGCGGAAUUCCCCUUGACGUCACAUUGGUGGGCUGCUUUAGGUACAUGA